CGCGACGCGAUCCCCUCUCCUACCCAACCAAAUCCAGAUCGAACGCCGCCGCCGCCGCCGCUCUUCCCCGUCGCCGCCCCAUUCUCCAUCCGGCGAAGCUCCAACCGCCACCGAGCCCCACCGCACAAGAUCGACCUCCGCCGCCAUGGACUCGCGAAGGACAGAGGCGGUGCCCCAUGAACCGCUCUGCGUCGCGGCGGCUCGUUCGCCGGCGCGCUUGUGCGCUGGUAGGGCGGCGCGCAGCGCUCCGUCGAACCUGCUUCCCGCGUCUCGCGCGUGGCUUCCGGGUGCUGCUUCACGCCGGCGAGGUGGUGCAGGACGUCCGGACGUGGCGGCGCAGCUCCGCCGUUCUGCACUCCGUCCUCGCCGUCGACCAGACCGUGGCCUCGCCGCCCUCUGCUCCCGGGCGUCUCCGUGCAGCAGUAGGAGGGGCGAGGAUUUGAAGGUUUAUGUGAUAUCCAUCUUUGUGCAUCAUAAAGAGUGGGCUGGUUGUAUGCAUCAGGAAGUGACAAUGCAAGAGGCAUUUGAGCUGUACAAAGACACUGGAGGAUUGUCUGUAAUUUGGAGUUGUACAAGGGCACCGGAGGCUUGGCUAUAAUUUGGAUAUCAAGUACUUGUUAUCUUUAAGAUCUUGUGAUAAGUGUACAUUGUCUGCACAGUGACAAUGGUUCAUUCAAUUGAUAAAUUGUGUUUCUUCCAUAGUAGUUUAAUUGUACUCAUUUCCUUUCUAAUGUGCAAUCUUC